UCGGUCAGCAUUUGUCCUGGCCUGCAGCACUGCAUCCUCAGUUCAACUGAGCUGGGAUCUAUAUCACCAUGAGCUCUGAUGCUGAGAUGGCCCAGUAUGGGCCGGCGGCCAUCUUUCUCCGCAAACCUGAGAAGGAACGAGUAGAGGCCCAGAACCGACCGUUUGAUGCCAGAACAGCGUGUUUUGUACCUGAUGUCAAGGUCCUCUACAUCAAAGGUGUCAUCCAGUCAAGAGAAGGCGACAAAGUCACCGUGAAGACUGAAGCGAAUGAGGUCGUAACAGUUAAGGAGGAAGACUGCCAUCCGAUGAAUCCCCCGAAGUACGACAAGAUUGAAGAUAUGGCCAUGAUGACGCACCUCAACGAGCCCUCCGUGCUGUUUAACCUCAAAGAUCGUUAUGCAGCGUGGAUGAUUUAUACCUAUUCCGGGCUUUUCUGUGUCACUGUAAACCCUUACAAGUGGCUGCCAGUGUAUGACCCACAGGUGGUUGCGGCUUACAGGGGGAAAAAGCGCAUGGAGGCCCCGCCACACAUUUUCUCUGUGUCUGAUAAUGCAUACCAAAACAUGCUUACAGAUCGUGAGAACCAGUCAGUCCUGAUCACUGGAGAAUCUGGUGCAGGAAAGACCGUCAACACAAAGCGUGUCAUCCAGUACUUUGCAACAAUCGCGGUGGCUGGUGGUGACAAGAAGGAGCAGUCUGGAAAAGGUACGCUGGAAGAUCAAAUCAUUUCAGCAAACCCUCUUCUGGAGGCCUUCGGGAAUGCCAAGACUGUGAGGAAUGACAACUCCUCCAGAUUUGGUAAAUUCAUCAGAAUUCAUUUUGGAACCUCUGGAAAACUGGCUUCUGCUGACAUUGAGACUUAUUUGCUGGAAAAGUCGAGAGUGACUUUCCAGCUGUCUGAAGAGAGGAGCUACCACAUCUUCUAUCAGAUACAGACAGGGCACAAGCCAGAGCUGAUAGAAAUGCUCCUCAUAACAACAAACCCUUAUGACUUCCCCAUGAUAAGUCAGGGGCAGAUCACUGUGGCCAGUAUCGAUGACAAAGAAGAGCUGGUGGCCACCGACACAGCUACGGAUGUCCUGGGCUUCACCAAUGAAGAAAAACUUUCCAUUUACAAGCUUACCGGUGCUGUGAUGCAUUACGGGAACAUGAAGUUCAAGCAGAAGCAGCGGGAGGAGCAGGCGGAGCCUGACGGCACUGAGGUGGCAGACAAAGUCGCUUUCCUCAUGGGGCUGAACUCUGCUGACUUGCUGAAAGGCCUUUGCUACCCCAGAGUGAAAGUAGGGAAUGAGUAUGUCACCAAGGGCCAGACAGUUCCUCAGGUCACCAAUGCGGUUGGCGCUCUGGCCAAAUCUGUCUAUGAGAAGAUGUUCUUGUGGAUGGUGGUUCGAAUAAAUGAGAUGCUGGACACAAAGCAGCCGAGGCAGUUCUUCAUCGGAGUGUUGGACAUCGCUGGGUUUGAGAUAUUUGAUUACAACAGCAUGGAGCAACUCUGCAUUAACUUCACCAAUGAGAAGCUGCAACAGUUUUUCAACCACCACAUGUUCGUGCUGGAGCAAGAGGAGUACAAAAAAGAGGGGAUUCAGUGGGAAUUUAUCGACUUUGGCAUGGAUCUGGCAGCCUGCAUCGAGCUCAUUGAAAAGCCAAUGGGCAUCUUCUCCAUCCUUGAAGAGGAGUGUAUGUUUCCCAAGGCCUCAGACACUUCUUUUAAGAACAAACUCUACGACCAGCAUCUGGGAAAAACAAAUGCUUUCCAGAAGCCAAAGGUUGUCAAAGGCAAGCCUGAGGCUCAUUUCUCAUUGGUGCACUAUGCUGGCACCGUGGACUACAAUAUUAGCGGCUGGCUGGAGAAGAACAAAGAUCCGCUGAAUGAGUCGGUGGUGCAGCUUUACCAGAAGUCAUCAAUGAAACUGCUGGCUUUCUUGUAUGCCUCGUUUUCUGGUGCAGAAUCAGAAUCAGGUGGCGAUGCUGGAGGCAAAGGUGGGAAGAAAGCAGCAAAGAAGAAAGGUGGUUCCUUUCAGACAGUGUCUGCAGUUUUCAGGGAAAAUCUUGGAAAACUAAUGACCAACUUGAGGAGCACACAUCCUCACUUUGUACGAUGCCUGAUUCCAAAUGAGGUUAAAACACCAGGAAUCAUGGACAACCACUUGGUUAUCCACCAGCUCCGCUGUAACGGUGUGCUGGAGGGUAUCAGGAUCUGCACCAAGGGAUUUCCCAGCAGGAUUAUCUACGCUGACUUCAAACAGAGAUAUAGAAUCCUAAAUGCGAGUGCUAUCCCAGAGGGACAGUUCAUUGAUGGAAAGAAAGCCUCUGAGAAGCUUCUUAGUUCUAUUGACAUUGAUCACACACAGUAUCGAUUUGGUGCUACAAAGGUCUUCUUCAAAGCGGGCUUACUCGGCACCCUGGAAGAACUGCGAGAUGAAAAACUAGCCUCUCUCGUGACCCAGACUCAAGCUCUGUGUCGGGGUUUUCUGAUGAGGAAAGAAUUCUCCAAAUUAACUGCACAAAAAGAUUGCAUCUGGAUCCUGCAGUAUAACUUGCGCUCGUUCAUGAAUGUCAAACACUGGCCGUGGAUGAAGCUGUUCUUUAAAAUAAAGCCACUUCUGAAGAGCGCCGAAACCGAAAAAGAGAUGGCGACCAUGAAAGAGGACUUCAUCAAAAGUAAAGACGAUCUGACAAAGUCAGAAGCCAAGAGGAAGGAUCUCGAAGAGAAAAUGGUUGCUCUGUUGCAGGAGAAAAAUAACCUCCUGCUACAAGUCCAGGCUGACUCAGAAAAUCUGUGCGAUGCAGAGGAGAAAUGCGAAGGCUUGAUCAAAAGCAAAAUCCAGCUCGAGGCCAAACUUAAAGAGGUGACUGAGAGACUGGAGGAUGAGGAGGAAAUAAAUGCGGAGUUGACGGCUAGGAAGCGGAAGUUGGAAGAUGAAUGCUCUGAGCUCAAAAAAGACAUCGAUGACCUGGAGAUGACUUUGGCCAAAAUUGAAAAGGAGAAGCAUGCCACUGAAAACAAGGUUAAAAAUGUAAUGGAAGAGCUGGCUGGUCAGGAUGAAAACAUUGACAAACUGACCAAGGAGAAGAGAGGUCUUCAAGAGGCCCAUCAGCAAACACUGGAUGACCUUCAAGCAGAGGAGGACAAAGUUAACUCUCUGACCAAAGCCAAGUCUAAGCUUGAGCAGCAAGUGGAUGACCUUGAGGGUUCAUUGGAGCAAGAAAAGAAGAUCCGCAUGGACCUGGAGAGGGCCAAGAGGAAGCUUGAGGGGGAUCUGAAGCUGACGCAGGAGUCCCUGAUGGAUCUGGAAAAUGACAAGCAGCAGUCUGAGGAGAAAAUUAAGAAGAAAGAAUUUGAAAACAACCAACUCCUCAGCAAAAUCAUGGACGAGCAAACGAUAAACAACCAACUUCAGAAGAAGAUGAAGGAACUUCAUGCUCGAAUCGAAGAACUGGAGGAAGAGGUCGAGGCCGAGCGAGCGGUCCGAGCCAAGAUCGAGAAGCAGCGGUCCGACCUGACAAGGGAGAUUGAGGAGAUCAGCGAGAGGCUGGAAGAGGCCGGAGGAGCAACCGCCGUUCAGGUCGAGAUGAACAAGAGGCGGGAGGCCGAGUUCCUCAAACUGCGGCGCGACCUGGAAGAGUCCACGUUGCACCACGAGGCCACGACCGCCGCACUGCGCAAGAAGCAGGCGGACGCCAUGGCCGAGCUGGCAGACCAGAUAGACAACCUUCAGAGAAUCAAGCAGAAGCUGGAGAAGGAGAAGAGUGAAAUGAAGAUGGAGAUUGAUGAUUUGUCCAGCAAUAUGGAAACAGUUGCAAAAGCAAAGAUAAACUUGGAGAAGACGUGCCGCUCGCUUGAAGAUCAGCUCAUGGAGCUCAAGAUCAAAAACGAUGACAACACAAGGCAAAUCUCUGACGUCACAAACCAGAGAGCUCGUUUUCAGACUGAGAAUGCCGAAUUUUCCCGACAAAUGGAGGAGAGAGAAAGUCUCAUUUCCCAGCUGACCAGAGGAAAGCAGGGAUUCACAACACAGAUUGACGAGUUGAAGCGACUGAUCGAGGAGGAGUCAAAGGCUAAAAAUGCCUUGGCUCACAGUUUGCAGUCAGCUCGCCAUGACUGUGAUCUCCUUCGGGAACAGUUUGAAGAGGAGCAGGAGGCCAAAGCUGAGCUGCAGCGUAGUUUGUCAAAGGCGAACACUGAAGUGGCUCUCUGGAGGAACAAAUAUGAGACGGACGCCAUCCAACGCACUGAAGAGCUGGAGGAGGCAAAGAAGAAGCUCGCCCAGCGUCUCCAAGAGGCCGAAGAACAAAUCGAAGCAGUGAAUUCAAAGUGCGCCUCGCUGGAGAAAACUAAACAACGACUUCAGAAUGAAAUGGAGGACAAGAUGGUCGACGUGGACAGGUCCAACAGCAUAGCUGCUACCCUUGACAAGAGGCAGAGAAACUUCGACAAGAUUCUAGCCGAGUGGAAGCAGAAGUAUGAGGAGUCGCAGGCUGAGCUCGAUGGGACUCAGAAAGAGUCUCGAUCGCUGAGCACUGAGCUGUUCAAGCUGAAGAACUCGUAUGAAGAGGCGCUGGAUCACCUGGAGACGAUGAAAAGGGAAAAUAAAAACCUACAACAGGAGAUCUCGGAUCUGACGGAGCAACUCGGACAAGGUGGAAAGACAAUUCAUGAAUUGGAGAAAUUCAAGAAGCAAAUUGAGACGGAGAAAUGCGACAUGCAGACUGCACUGGAAGAAGCUGAGGCUUCUCUGGAGCAAGGGGAGUCCAAGAUCUUGCGUGUACAAAUGGACCUGAACCAGAUGAAGGGUGACUCUGACCGAAAAGUAGCGGACAGGGAUGAGGAGAUCGACCAGAUGAAGAGGAACCACCAGAGGGUCCUGGAGUCCAUGCAGGCCAUGCUGGACGCCGAGGUGCGGAGCAGGAACGACGCCCUGCGAGUGAAGAAGAAGAUGGAGGGAGACCUGAACGAGAUGGAGAUCCAGCUGGGCCAUGCUAACCGGCAGGCGGCCGAGUCUCAGAAACAGCUGAGGAACGUUCAGGGACAACUCAAGGAUGCCCAAAUCCACCUGGACGACUCUGGGAGAGCACAGGACGACAUGAAGGAGCAGGUAGCCAUGAUGGAUCGCCGAACCGCCCUGAUGCAGGCUGAGAUCGAAGAACUCAGAGAAGUCGUGGAGCAGACUGAGCGCAGCCGCAAAACGGCCGAGCAGGAACUGGUUGAUGCCAGCGAACGCGCAGGACUUCUUCAUUCUCAGAACACCAGUCUUCUGAACACCAAGAAGAAGCUGGAAGCAGAUGUAACUCAGCUUCAGACUGAAAUAGAUGAAUCUGUUCAAGAGGCUAGGAAUGCAGAUGAAAGGGCCAAGAAAGCCAUUACUGAUGCUGCCAUGAUGGUUGAAGAGCUAAGGAAGGAGCAGGACACGAGCGCUCACCUGGAAAGGAUGAAGAAGAACCUGGAGGUCACGGUGAAAGACCUGCAGCACCGCUUGGAUGAGGCCGAAAACCUGGCCAUGAAGGGCGGGAAGAAACAACUUCAGAAACUGGAGGUCAGGGUCCGCGAGCUGGAGCAGGAGCUCGAAGCCGAGCAGAAACGUUCUUCCGAGUCUAUUAAAGGAGUCCGUAAAUAUGAGAGGAAAAUCAAAGAGCUGACCUAUCAGUCUGAGGAAGACAAGAAGAACAACGUCCGACUGCAGGAUUUGGUGGACAAGCUCCAGAUCAAAAUGAAAGCUUACAAACAACACGCUGAGGAUGCUGAGGAGCAGGCGAAUGUGCACAUGGCCAGACUGAGGAAGGUCCAGCACGAGUUGGAGGAAGCCGUGGAGAGGGCGGACAUGGCUGAAUCUCAGGCCAACAAGAUGCGAGCCAGGAGCAGAGAAAUAGGCACAAAGGCUCAAGAUGGACAGGGCGAGUAGAACUUUGCUGGCAGACACAAAUGUGUUGAGCUCAAACAUACAGGUUGUAAUAGUUUAUAGAUUCUCCUAUCAUCGUACGGUGUUAAAUCACAUAAGUAAAUGGUGCUAAAAUAUAUUAAGUUGUGAGGAGCAGAAUAAAUUUCCUUACUGUCUCAAAAUAAAACUGCUAUUAAUUACAAUGAGAUCAAUGGCUUAACCUGAAGAUGAUUUAAUAUCUAAAGCAUUGAUUACUUCAUUACUAUUUAUUUAUUUA